AUGCGUCUUGAAACACCUUUCAUCCUUGGACUAGCCAAAUCAGCAUCUGCUCUGUGGUUAGUCACUUACUACACCACAACCGAUUGUUCAGGCGCGGGAAAAAAGGUUGGAGGUUUCGAAGCCGGGUGCUGUACUCUGGAAAACGACACAGAAUCAGACAUGGUCUCUAAAGACAGUGGCAAGAACAUUUCCUUGAGUACCGGUAGCACCUACAUCCCUCGUUACGAGGAUUCCAUUCUAAGCGGAGUGAUCGACCGCUGUCUCAAUGCCGCUAUUCGUUCCUUUCUAUCAUAUUAA